UUAGAUUACGGGCCGUAAUGGCCAUGCAUAUGCAUGUCGAUGGAUCGAUGGAUCGAUGGUUGGAUGGGCAUUUUUACGAGAAUGGCGCACGAAUGGCAUGGGGGUUUGGUUGGUGGUGGAUCUAGAAUUUAGAAUCUGGAUUCUGGUUUCUGGGUUGUGCUGAGAUGGGUGAGAUGGGAUGGGAUGACGCUCGUGCAGUGCACUUCAUACAUAUAGUCAUACAUACACACAUACGCACAUACAUACACAUACAUACAUACAUACAUACAUACCUAGCAUCCACCCCAAGCCUGACAUGCCCCUCCCACCCGAAGACUACACACCCGAACAUCCCGAACAACCCGAACAUCCCGAACAACCCGAACAUCCCGAACAACCCGAACAUCCCGAACAACCCGAACAUCCCACCCGCACCCUCUACCAGACCCGAACCAGACCCCAAUCCCCAACCGCGCCGCCGCGUUCUCGUCUACGGGUCAUCAAUACUGUUGCCUGUUGUUCUUCUUACUGCAUCACGGCGCGUGGUCUCGCACGUGUCUCGUGUGUUUUGUAUAUUCCAUAAUGAAGCGCGUUUACGGGCCUGGCUUGGCUACGCUGUGCAUGGGUAUGGGUAUGGCAUGGUAUGGGUACGGGUAUGGAAUGGAAUGGGGAUACGAAACUACGCCAUCGUAUGCAUUCGUGAUCUUAGAAUAGAAUGAGUUUGUAGAUGGCUUGAGGAUGGAUAAUUACCGUUACCGAGGCCGUUUCGGGGAAACGUGCUGGGAUCUGAUGAGGUAUGAGUGUACACACGGGGCAGUAGCACAUGGGCAAAUCCGAGAUAUGGCGGAUUCGUUCUUCUGCUCUUUAGCUAUCUAUCCAUCGGACGCAGUGCAAGCAGACGCAGACGAUGCAACGGAUGGUAAGGUAAGGUCAGCAAGACAACGUAAGCAAAGCCUCGUCUAGCAA